AUGCAGUUGUACAAGCAGAUUGCUCGCACAUCGUGCCAAGGACUUACCUUUGCCGCCCUUGACACGUUCUGUGCUUUGGUGAAGCAGCCGUUGCCUGUCGUGUUGGAAAGGUUUGGUGGUUUCUUUGUCCAGCAUGUCGCCGAAGAGGGCUACUUGACCUUCUUGAAGUCUUUGGGUGGCAAUCUGUUCCAGUUUCUUUCGAACAUCAACAUUUUGCAUCACACCAUCGAGCGGGACAGCAAGGCGGCUGUCUUCCCACUUUUCUCGGUCAAGCAUGUGGAUGGGGAUCCGAAGUCGGAGCACCACGUUUUCCUGCUGACCUACGGCAGCAUGCGACCGGGGCUGACGCCCUUCCUCACCGGCGUGUUGACCAAGGCAUCCUUCCUUCUGUUCAAUUGCACCGUGGAUAUACAGGAUGUGACCGACAGCUUUCCACCGGAGAUGGGCAAAGAUGUUCUGGUGCAAUCAUCAUUCCGCGUCACUGCCUCGCGUGUCGGUGGUUGGUCUACUUCCGAGACCCAGCCGAAGCAGGUUGACGAGUUUACUUCCAAGGGGAGCUUUUUCGAUUUCCACAAGAUGCUUUCCGCCAUGUGGCGCUGUGAUUGUACUGGAGGGAGCCAGGAGGGGUUCAAUGUGACCCAGCUUGACCGAGUGCCGGUACAAGACAUGGAGCCCGAAGUUUGGGCCGUCAUCAUGGAGAAGCAGGACAAGAUAGAAGAGAUCCUCCGAGCAUAUGACGGCAUUGAUGCGGGCGUCAAUGUCGUACCACGAAUGACUGGAGGAGACAGAAUGCGACUGGCCGCGGUGCUGUUUCGUGGAAUCGCUGCAGGAAGCGUUAGCGCAUCAUGGACAGAAGCUGCGCGACUGCAAGACAUGGGUGAAUUCUGGGCCACGAACUCCGUCAGCUUUGGCGACAAGUUCCGUGAGUCCAAGGACUGGUUUACCAACGGCAAGCAGAGCAUCGUUGCUGCUCGCAGGACACACGGCGAGAUUCUUUUCGUGUCACACUGCUGGAGCGCACCGCGAGAGUGGGGCGUGGCGACUGCCGGGAAGUCUCCCUACGGGCAGGCGAAAGCUGCAGAGCUCUGUCUGCACGCGAAGCAGGUCGCAGAUUCAUUCCAGACUGGUGACAAAGACUGGAAAAAGGUCGGCUUUUGGAUUGACAAGGCUUGCAUCCCGCAGAGCGAUCCUGGGCUAAUGUCCUGGUGUGUCAAUCUUCUGGAGGAGUUUAUUGCCUUGUCUGAUGGCAUGGUGGUGCUUGCUUCGUGGAAUUACUUCAAUCGGCUUUGGUGCGUCUACGAAUGGGUUUGUGGGCUUCUCAUCCAUGAUGUCAUGGAGAUCGAAAUCCUCGCAGACCCCUUCGUUCGCGAUUCAACUGUAGAUCUGUACUUGGAGUGCAUUCGGAACUUUAGCAUCGCCAGCUGCGAGUGUGCUGUGGAAAGCGACCGACAGAUUUUGAUCGACAAGGUCAACACCUACUACAAGUCUGUUGAAGACUUCGAGAGGUUCUUCCAGUUCACGGUCAUCGCUUGCUUCAUCCGCUGCAUGGCGAGGCGGAGAACCGCUCGAGCGGGAGCCUCGCUGCAGCCCUGGAUCGAUCUGGCCACCGCAUGCGGAUUUUCAGCGCUGGCUGAGAAGGCCGAAGUAUUGAAGCAGCAGCUCCAGAGGUAUAGAGUGGAAUCCGUUGAGAGGGCGAGAAGCCCUGCAACGCACGAACUCCAAGCUGCAAUGAGUGUCUGCGUGGAUGACUUCUUCGAAGAAGAAAUUCUUCCACUGAUUGAGAAAGAGCGCGAAACUGCCGGAAACCACUUGGGCCUCACCUACGCCAAGGGCUUGCAGGAGUUGGCGGAGGACGCAAAGCACAGCCAGCUGCAGUUGGGAGACUGGGUCAACGAGAUUGCAAUGAUGGGGCGUGGUGUGCUGGAACGCAAGAACAACCGGAACCUGUCGUACACGCGCCCAAAACGCGUCUCUCGGCGGGUCCCACCUCCGACUUCAACGUCCGUGGCAGAUGUGGUAUCCACAAACAGUAUGGUCAGCGAGCUGUCCCCUCUGAGCCAGUUCAUUCGGCACGUGGCGCUGAACGGACUCUCACGCAGAGGGAGCAGGGGGAGCCCAGGAUCCCAAGCCAGCUGA